AUGCCGAUUGAGCUGAGGCCCCUCUGGAACUAUGUCAGAGACAUAGGGGACCCUGUCAAGCAACACACGAGGUGAGCGCAAGGAAGGCGGACACGCAAAGAAGAAAGGGACACGAUAUGCAAACCGUUCCCACGUACUUUUGUGCGUCAGUCGGGGCACGCUGGAGCUGUGGCUGGAGAUGCUGGAUAUCAACGAUGCGGCAGACAUUCCCCCAACAGAGCUCAGGGACCCCUCCCCUGUGGAAGUGGAAAUCAGGCAACCGACAAACAAGGAGAAAGACCCCACAUGUGUUUCAUACGCAUGUGUCUGACACAGGUUGGUCAUCUGGGCCGUCCGCGCUCUCAAGCCCAACGUGGGCUCCUCCAAGAAAUAUGUAGACGCGAUGGUGCGCGUGGCUCUCGACUGCGCCACUUACGAGGGCCGGCAGCCGACCUCACAGACGACCGACGUCCACUACUCGGCCAGCGACACAGCAACCUUCAACUGGCGAGUGGUUUUCUCAAACAUCCAGACGCCCUCGGCCGUCUGCGUUGCGCAGAUAUCGCUGCUCGACUUCAACUCGGUCGGCGCACCGACCUUCCUGGGGGAGGUCAAUUUGGAUCUGGACAAGUAUGUGGACCGCGUGGCUGCGGAGCUCACCGCACUCAAAGCUGAUGCUGAACUGAAAAUCACAAACGUGUACGUUUCGAGAGACUUCUUGUUCCGGCACGGGAGGGAAUGAGACACGCUCCUUCUGUGUGUGUGUGUGUGCACAGGUCUGCGCCGAAUCCCAACGAGGCUCAGGCGUAUGUGCAGCUGAGUCUGGAGGUGCUCUCACAGCCCGAGGCCAACAGCAGCAGGGUGGGGCUGGGCCGCGAGAAGCCCAACCGGGGCCCUCGGCUGCUGACGCCCACUGAGGGGCGGGGAUGGGACGACUAUCUCAAGGGACUGGAUUUCGGCCUUGGGGCGUUUCUCAGGGAGGUGUGGCUUCGGGUGAGUGAAUGAGGGAAAGAGGAGAUAGAUGUCUCAGAGACAUGCAUCGAUGCGGCAGAAUCUUCGUUUGGUUGUUUGUGGGUGUGGUGUGGUGUGCUUUGGUGCAGCUUCGUGUGGUGCUGGUGUUGUUAUUUACGGCCCUCUUGAUUGUGAUCCUCAUUGUGUAUCCCGCGCUGGUCUACCAGUGAUAGCUAACUGCACUGCAGCACGGCAUGUGAGUCUUUGUUCGUAC